AUGCCCUCUGCUGCCAAUAAUCGUAAUGCGAAUAAUAAAAACCGCAAAGGCGCAAAACGUAAACAUCAACGUCCGAGUCUGAGUGGCGUAGAGAUCUCACACCCUAUGCCCAUCUCGUUUCUCAAGACCUUGAAAGAACAAAAUCGAAUCCACGCGUCGACAGUUUCAAACAUCGUCGUCGAUAACCAAAAGUAUCCGAGCUCGGUCGCUCAAUCGGAAUUUGACAUUGAGGAAGAACUUCGGAGGGCGGAGAUAAAGGACCGUAAUUUGGGUGGUUUGAGAUUUAGGAAGAAGAAGGUCAAGUUAAGCAGGACAGAGGAAAAUUGGGCUGCAGACCACUCCGAGAAUGGGACGGUCUUCGACCAUCGGUCCAACAAAUUUUCAAAGGCCCAGAUUCCACUUGUAACAAGCAAUAGCACCAACACUACCAGAGCCAGAUCUGAACGUCAAAUCCGUUUCACCGACCAACUCCAAGCAAACCCCGCACCGAAAGCGAGGGAUGGAGCGAUGGACGAGGCGCGCAGGUUCUCUCAUAGCAUGCAAGCCAAUUAUGAUCACGAACAUAACAUAGCGCCAGCUUCCAUUCCGAUUUCGAGUACGGCCCAGGCUCCCACAAUCGCGUACUAUGUACGAGAAAGUCUCGGUUCCCUAAGCUUUACCGAAGCUCUCGCCGGAUUCCAUACGUUAGAACGGCAGCCCGACUCGAACGAACUCGUCCCACUUCCACGCGCCUUCUUUCAACCAAAGCAUUCCAAAAAGCCUAAAACGCCUUUUUCUGCCUCGACUAGGAUGUCAAAAAGCUCUAGUCUGGGGAGCGAGAACUAUUCAUCGACUUCGGGCCCUCCCGAGCGCAGGUUGAAAGGUAUCUUGAAACAUUCGAGUCCUCAACCGCGUCAAUCGAACGGUUUCAACCAGGAAAAUUAUAAGUCCAGAUGGGGACAGAGACUCUCGUAA